GAAAAAGUGUUGAUGAUAUCAGGAGCCGUAACAAAAAUUUACAAAGUAAAUUCAACUGUUUUAGGAUAGGAUAGGCUGAUUAGGUAAAAAGAAUUAAUUAUGCAGAACUUACACAUUUUUGUUACGGGUCUUCAAGUUGCAUUUACUCAAGAAAAUCAAGAGUGGGGAAUGUCUCAGAAUGUGGCAAAACAAAUUAGAUGCACUUUGUUCUCACUUCUCCAUGACAAGAAGAGUAUUUAAUUUUAGUCCAUGUAGAUUUUGAGAUGGUCAAGAACAGCAUUCUAUCUUCAGAUCCUAUUUAAUAAAUUGAGUCAAUCAAAGAGCAAUCAUGCCUUGAAACAUUAUAGGAAUCUCUUCGACAUCCUGUUCUACACUUAUCUUAUACUUACAGACAUCAGUGAUCUUCUUUAUUGGAUGUGCUUAAUAGGGCUAUGCAAUAACGCGAAUUUACAAAAAUUUACUAAGGAAUAUACACCCAAGUUUUAUUUAAUAGAAUGCAUUGGGUGGUUUAUAUCCUUAUGUUUUGAAUAUCGAGUUAAUCAGAUAGAUAUUGCUAAGGCUAAUUUACAAAAGGACCCAAAGAAUAAAAUUAAAAUAAGACAAAUUCAAAUACUCUAAAAUUUAGUCAAAUAUGCCUUGGACAUCCCAGUUUCCUAUUCUUAUGUAAAUACUUAGGCUAUCACACAAGAAAAGGCUGUGAUUUUAGGGACAUUUUCAAGCAUAAUCAGUUUAUAUCAAACAUUUUAGUUGCAUUCUGGAGGUUUCUAAUGAUUUUGCAG